AUGGAGGCACAGAGACCCCGUGGUGGUGGUAUAUCGCACGUGUUGCCCCCCGGAGUGGGCAACGUGGCCUCCCAGCUCACGGGAACGCCAGACAUGCCAGGCACCCCAACACCAACCCACCGGCGAUCCAGGAAUGCGAUGCAGCCCAUGCUCAGUGAUAGCAGUGUGGAGGUUAUGAGCAUAGAUGAAAAUGAAGACCAGGAGCGCUGGCAACCUGGGGGUUCCAGCAGGACCCCCAGCCGGGCCAGCGAGGCUAGAAGUGGAAUCAGACAACGAAGGGUUCUACAAAAGUCAUUUAUUGGUAGGCCAAAGCAUCAGGCUUCCCUACUAGAUGCAAGCAAGCACGCCCAGGUGUUAGUGGGGGCCCUAGAAGCAGCCCAAACACAGCAACAGGAAGUGUACCAGGUGGUCCUAGAACAAGUGCAAGCACACAUGGCAGAGGAGCUAUCCAACUGGAAAGCAGAACAACAACUCCAUGAAGGAAUCUAUCUUGAGCGAAUCACGAAUCUGGAACUGGAAGUCAGCAAGCUUCGUACAGAGCUCAUGGAGGCCCAACACUCAAUUCAGCGAAUUGGACCAGUGAAGCAAGAUACGCCAACAACCAAUGCCCAAUUGAGUCAAAUGAACCAGCACGAGAACAACAUCAUCUCCAAGACAACAGAAGUGACGAGCCAAAAAUCAAAGCAGAAGCCCACAUUUGCAGACCUAGCAGCGCUACUCUCUACUAGACCUGGAGGACAGGAAUGGCAGGAGGUCACCAAAAGGAAGCCGAAGAACCGACAAAUUCAAGCAGUUGCUGCAGCGAGGCAGCCUGAUCCAAUAAAACUCAAGCCAGCUAAGGACUGCCCCAAAGAGGCACGGAGACUUCUAUUUCGCC